AUGAAUGGGGCCGAGGCCAAGGAAUGGCAGCAAGCAGAGGUUGUGGUACUCGAUGCCAUGACCGUUAAUGACGUAUUCGACAUUGUCCCUCCCCAAGCAGAGGACAAAUCUAUCCGAUGCCAAUGGGUGUACGCCAAGAAGAACGAUAGCGAAGGCCACUCGAUUGAUGGCCAAUGGCUUCUUGCAACGUCAUGGAAUCGGCAUCUUCGAAUCAUGCUCGCCG